CAGACAGCCAAUCACAGGGCGGAGACGGGCAGACCUGCUUUGCGCUGUGGUGCCCUGAGAGUUGUCAAGGUUUUGGUUUGUGGAGGAUCCGAGAGGGGAGCAAGGGCGGCUACGGUUGUAAAAUGCCGAAUAAAUCAAAAAAGGACAAGGAGUCCCCUAAAUCUGGCAAAGUGGGCAAGAGUGGAGGACAAGAGAACACAGAGCAUGAGCAGAGCUCUAACAGGAAGACUAGCAACAGUGUUCCUCCCACCACCCAGCUGCUGAAGGGGAAGCAGCCAGGUUCCCAGACACCUGUCAAAAAGGACAAGAGGCAGAGCUCCUCUCGCUUCAGCUUGAGCAACAACAGGGAGCUGCAGAAACUGCCCGCUUUCAAAGAUGUUCCCCCAGCAGAGCAGGAGAAGCUGUUCAUCCAGAAGCUGCGGCAGUGCUGCGUCCUAUUCGAUUUCGUUUCAGACCCUCUGAGCGAUCUGAAAUGGAAGGAGGUGAAGCGAGCGGCGCUGAGCGAGAUGGUGGAGUACAUCACCCACAACAGGAACGUUAUCACAGAACCCAUCUACCCAGAAGUGGUUCACGUGUUUACUGUGAAUAUGUUCAGGACAUUGCCGCCAUCAUCAAACCCCACGGGUGCAGAGUUUGACCCCGAGGAGGAUGAACCCACGCUAGAGGCUGCAUGGCCACAUCUACAGCUUGUCUAUGAAUUCUUCUUACGGUUCUUAGAGUCACCAGACUUUCAGCCAAACAUAGCCAAAAAGUAUAUUGACCAGAAGUUUGUAAUGCAGCUUUUAGAUCUGUUCGACAGUGAAGACCCCAGGGAAAGAGAUUUUUUAAAGACCACUCUUCACCGCAUCUACGGAAAGUUCCUGGGCCUGCGAGCGUACAUUAGGAAACAGAUUAAUAACAUAUUUUAUAGGUUCAUUUAUGAGACUGAACAUCAUAAUGGAAUAGCAGAGUUACUGGAAAUAUUAGGCAGCAUAAUAAAUGGAUUUGCGUUACCGUUGAAAGAAGAGCACAAGAUAUUCCUUCUAAAAGUUCUACUGCCUUUACACAAAGUCAAGUCUCUAAGUGUAUAUCACCCUCAGCUGGCCUACUGCGUGGUGCAGUUCUUAGAAAAGGACAGCACCCUCACUGAACCAACGGUGAUGGCUUUGUUAAAGUAUUGGCCAAAGACUCACAGUCCAAAGGAGGUCAUGUUCCUCAAUGAACUGGAGGAGAUCCUGGAUGUCAUUGAGCCAUCAGAGUUUGUCAAAGUGAUGGAGCCCCUCUUCAGACAGCUGGCCAAGUGUGUGUCCAGCCCACAUUUUCAGGUGGCAGAGCGAGCUCUGUACUACUGGAACAACGAGUACAUCAUGAGCCUGAUCAGUGACAAUGCCGCUAAGAUCCUGCCCAUCAUGUUCCCCGCCCUUUACCGCAACUCCAAGACCCACUGGAACAAGACGAUCCAUGGGUUGAUCUACAACGCUCUGAAACUCUUCAUGGAGAUGAACCAGAAGCUGUUUGAUGACUGCACCCAGCAGUUCAGGGCUGAGAAGAGCAAAGAGAAAGCCAAAUGGAGAGAGAGAGAAGAAGCGUGGCUGAAGAUUGAGAAUCUUGCAAAGUCAAACCCACAGUUUAUGAUGUACAUUGACUAUGUGGGCUCAGACGGUCCCAUAGACAUGGAGACAGACGGGCCACUGCUCGAAGACGUCGACCUGCUCAAGAGAGCCAUGGAGGAGGAAGCCACACAGAUCCAAAAAGAUCAGAGAAGGGAGCGCCCACUGAUGCGGAGGAAAUCAGAACUGCCGAGGGACAUCUGCACUGUCACAGCGUUGGAGUUGCACAUGAGGGCCGAGGAGAUGUUGACGACGCAAGACGGCCACUAAGAAGACCACCCAAGACCCACCAUAAAAACCAGCAGCAUCCACAGAGGAACCACAGGCCCACAGGGGCCAGCACAACAACACAACUCUGGUAUCUCAGUCCAGUCCAGCACAAACACAGAACAGUCUCAGCUCCACAUGACACAGAUCAAAUCUACAGUCGCACGUCAAAGCCUGGUUGGGCUUCAUUGGGACAAAAUAAAUGGUGCUGAGACGGUCCUGCGAGACCACGACACGCACCGCGCCCUGAACUUCAACCAAGAUACUGUAGUGUCGUCAUCUCUCUUUCCCCUCCUCGUUUCUCUUAUUUCCUAUCCUCUCAACUUGUUGUGUUUUUCGGGGUGCUGUGCUGCCCCCUUCUGGUCAUUUCUCUCAGGUGUUUUGUUCUUUUUGUGAGUGUGUGUGUGUGUAUGUGUGUGUGUUUACGUGUGUGUGAGCUGUCUUCUCUUCUUGCCUAUAGAUGUCAGGUGCUUGUAUGAAUAAUAUGAGCCCCUUACUGUACCCUCCAUAGAGGACAUCUAAUUUGUAAAAAAGAAAAAAGUAUCAGUUUAUGAGAGUUGUUUCGGUAUCCUACAUAUUUGGUAUUUUUCUCAUGAUAUUGAAACAGGACACCUGUUACUAUAUUUUCCUUCUUCUUUGUGAAAACACACUCCAUAUCCUUCGAACGGUUCUGUUUCAAAGUUACCUUAUCUGCAGUUAAUGUCGCAUUAGCUGUGAAAAUGUGUUGAUGGUUCUGUAAAUCAGACUAGGAUCAUCAAGAUUAAAAGUGUUCAUCAGGCAGUGCUGGCAGAUCUUCGUUAGGCUUAGUUUAGUGCCAACUUCUCUCAUUAAUUUAGUCCCUCUCUAGAAAAAACGCUCCUUUAAUUUGUAGACAAUACGUUCAGACAGUUUGCAGGAUGUGCCAGCAGCUUGAUCAAUGGUUAUAUCACGAGUUUAGGUUCAUUUGAUUGGACAUUUGGAUGAGCCCAGCCUGUUACAUGAGCCAGGAUUGUGGGAUUUAUUUUUGGUUGCCUGGUCACAUCCAGCCAUGGUAGGCGGUGUGUUAAACAUAGUAAUUAGCAUUCAGUACAAGUCGCUGUCAUUCAUGUGAGGCUUAUGAGAGGUCAGAGAGAUGUAGUUGCUUGUCUUGGAUUCCCACAGUGUCACAGUGUGUUGAGAGAAGUGAAAACAUGAGGGGGGAGAGCAGAAACUGUGCUGAUGGUGUUUGCUUUUUCCUACUCUUUUCAAGCAAGACCCUUUUAUUUAUAAAACACUUGUUCGAGAUUAGACUGCUUCUUACGUGAGGUGUGUUUGGUUUGAAGAGGUCAAACAUGAGCCUUUCUUUUCACAGUGCCUUUUAUAGUCUAAGGGGGACAUUGCUCAACAGAGAAUCGAGUAGCAGCAUGAGCUCAAAUACCACGUCAUUGUAAAAAAUAAAUAAAAAAAACGUUACAUUGGUUUCCAAAAAUGCGUCUUCUUGAGGCUAGGAUUUUGUAGUGAGAAGCAGAGUGGUCGCCCCAAACCACUUCAGCAAUGAAGCACUUCCUGAUUAAACUUGAAAGAAAAUAGAAACACAACUGAAAAAACAAACUAGUUAAAAGAAAUGAAAUCCGUGAUGCUGUCUGUCGUGGUGUGAGGGGUCACCUCCUUUGGGUGCCUGUUGAUAAGAGCUAGCCUCCAUAGGAGAGGACAUCACCUCCCAUCGUGACUUUUCCGUUGUGCGCCCCAACUGUCUCAUUCCACUUAAUAUUUGUGACAUUGUUUGACCCCCUCUGCCCAGACCUGCACUCUGGCUCUAAGCCCCCGUUGUUUGGUGAAAGCCUACUUCCCCUGUAGGGCUCAUUAUUUGGACAUCUGUUUGACCUGCCUCUGGAUGUUUGCGAGUUCUUUUUGUUGUGGUUUUAUUCUUCCUUUGCCUGCAGAACCUCUCGUCAGUGUUUCAACUGAAUGUGCAAAAUGUAAAUAAUACUGCUGUCACAUUGUUUCGUUUUCACCAUGUUUGUCUUGAAGAACAACAUUCACUGAAGGAUUUUACAUACACCUCAUCCCCUUUUGAUGAAAAGGAAGUAAAUAGAGUCUUUAUCUUCUGACGGUUGGUUGUCACACAGGAGGGUCCCGUUGGUGACUGUUGUUCUUCUUGAAAUGGCUUUAAUAUUGGCUUCUUUGGAGCUCUCUUCAGUUCUACGUAAGCUUUGUUUUCUCUGUAAAAAAUGAAAUGUCUUUGAGUAUCAGCUCAUACUGAAAGGCUUCAUCGAAUAUUGUACAUAUAAUGUACUUUUAUUUUAUGUUAUAACUAUUAUUAAAUGGUAGAUUUCAUAUUUUGUACAAAAUACUCAGUGUACAGAAUACAGAGUUAUUAGCAACUGCAGACAGUUGGUAUGUGGCACAGACUUCUUCAACACGUGAUGAUUUCCAUUUAGAAAUAUAGAAUUUGGAUAGUUUUUUAUCUAUUUGUAAUCUGGCAUCACCUCCAUUUCUUUGUUUUCCAUCUCCAGACAUGUGUUGAGAUUCUACAUACAUGAGCUUUUUAUGUGUGCUUUUAUCCAAAUCUCCAGUGGUGUACAUCUAUCUAUAUACAGCAAAUAAAGAGAACAUGUGAGUUUUAUAUUUUCAUCCUAAAACAUCGUUCUGCGAGUUGUCAUUUGUCACAUUGAAGCUGUCUUUUCUUCCCUCGCAGCACUCCUGAUGAAUGUGACAUUUCGUUUUAAAGAGGUGUCAUGAAGCUGCUCUUGAAUGUUAUGUCAGGUUAGCAUCAGAUUCUCUUAUCAGAGGUAAAGAGGUGAAGAAGAGGACAGGUGAUCAUUUGACACUGAAAAUGUCUGGCAUGUGUUACUGGUAAACGGUGUGUUAGUGUUCUGUCCCUGCAGAAGAAUUUAAUUUGGGACUUUCAGGACAAACACUGUUUGCUGCUUCAAUGACUCAUUCUAGUGAAACAGCUGUCACUCUGUUGCUGUGAACAAAGACAAUGCAGUCCAGUUCAUACAUUGUAAAAAUGAACAGUGUACCUCAAUAAACUUAAAAAAGAAGUUAA